AGUGUUCCUCCCACAGCAGCUGCAGUGAAGACUAACGUAAAGUUUACGGAAAGUUGGGCUACGCUUGUAAGAACAAACUCACAUCAGUAUCAGAGGGGGACCUUCAACUUCAGACAGCCUUGAGUGAAAGUCUUUCGUGAUUUCCCAACUAAAGAAGAGAGGCGACCACCAUGGCUGAAAGUGAGGAUUUUGACAAUGACUGGGGCAUGAUCAGUGACCAUGAGGUGAAGGCUGUGGGGGAGUUCAGUGAAUCCCUGGAGACCCAGAACAUCACCUCAGCCAUUCAGAAGAUCCAGACUUACUUCCAGGACCUGGACGAGGUGUUGCUGAACAUCGCGGUUACCGGGGAAUCCGGCUCUGGCAAGUCGUCGUUUGUGAACGCCCUGCGGGGGUUGGGGGACGAGGAGGAGCAGUCUGCUCCAACAGGAGUGGUGGAGACGACCACGGAUCCCACCCCCUACCCCCACCCCAAGUACCCCAACGUCAUCCUGUGGGACUUGCCUGGCAUCGGAACUCCCAAUUUUAAACCAGAUGAGUACCUGGAUAAAGUGCAAUUUCAGCGCUAUGAUAUUUUCAUUAUUAUUGCAUCAGACCGUUUCAAAAAAAGCAGUGUUGACCUGGCUAAUGAGAUUCAGGGGUUGAAGAAGAAAUUCUACUUUGUUCGCUCCAAGAUUGAUGACAAUAUACGGGCAGAAGAAAGAAAAAGGUCCUUUAAUAAAGGACAGGUUCUUCAUCGAGUAAAGGAAGACUGCAUGAAGGGGCUUGUAGAAGGUGGUGUGGAGCAUCCAAUGGUCUUCCUCAUCUCCAGCCAUGAACUUGGCAACUAUGACUUCAAUGCCCUGCAGGAAACUAUAGAGAAGGAGCUGCCCGAACACAAGCGUGACAUGCUGCUACUUUCACUGCCUAAUGGCUCUACGAAGAUCCUUCAGAAGAAGAGAGAAGCUCUGCAAGCCAGAGUAUGGAAGAUGGCUUUCCUGUCUGCUGGCGUAGCGGCGCUCCCAAUCCCAGGCCUCUCUAUCUGCGCGGAUGUGGGAAUACUGAUGUCGGAAAUCAAGAAGUACCACAACACCUUUGGCCUGGAUGAGGAGUCCCUAAAAACUCUCUCUAGUCAUACGAAUGUGCCAUUUGAGGAUCUUAAGUCUUGUCUUAAGUUCCCCCUUUAUGAGGGGAUCACUGCUAAUGUAGUGGCGAAGAUGCUGACCAAUGCAGCAGGAAGAGGCAUGAUGAUGGUGGCAGGGCGCUUCCUCAGCAUGUUGCCUCUCCUGGGCUCUGUGCCUGCUGGGGUUUUGUCUUUUUGUACCACCCACGCCGUGCUGAAGAACUGCAUGGAAGAGCUGGCUGAUGAUGCACAGAGAGUCCUGAAGAGGGUGCUGCAAGGGAAUGAAGUUUGAUCUAUCUCAAGUGUGCAACACAGAGAUGUAAAGUGAUUUUAACUGUGGCUUUACAGUAUGCUCCUUCAUGAAUUACAAAGUGAG